UAUCAAUGCCUCUGACAGGAGGAGGGCUGCUCUCGCGCCUGCUUUUUCUAGAAGCAUGACCACAUCCCGGCUGUUGCAGAGGCGAGGGCAGGAGAGGGUGGCAGCGGGAAGCGGAACAGGAGGCCCGUGGGACGCGGGUCUGGGGACAGCAGGUAGCGGAGCCGGCCUGACAGCUGUCACUGCCCCUCAGACGGUCAGCGGCCGCCACGCGGCAGGUGCAGCCGUCUCUGACUGAGCCUCUGCCUCGCAGCGAGGACGACCGGCCAAGGCCGUGCUGGCCCCGAUCACACACGGGCGCACACUCCACCGAGUGAGCUGGAAGCCCCGGGGGACGGCCGCCGCCCCGGCGCCCACAUGAUCAGAGCCGCCAGGGUCCCUGCGGACCGGCCGGUGCGCAUCGCCUUCAGCCUCGACGGCGCCCCAGAUGACUCGCCUCCCGAAGAAGACGCCGCCCCGCCGGUCCUCCCCGAGCUAGACCAGCAGCUGCAGCCUCUGCCGCCUUGCCAGGACUCCCUGGAGUCCAUGCAGGUCUUCCGGCAGCACUGCCAGAUCGCGGAGGAAUACCACGAGGUGCGCAAGGAGAUCGCGCUGCUGGAGGAGAGGAAGAAGGAGCUCAUGGCCAAGCUGGCGCAGGCGGAGAAGGAGAAGGUGGACGCGGCUCAGCUGGCCCGCGAAUUCGAGGCGCUGACCGAGGAGAACCGCGCCCUGAAGCUGGCCCAGUCCCAGUGCGUGGAGCAGCUGGAAAAACUCAGGGUCCAGUACCAGAAGCGACAGGGCUCGUCCUAGCUCGGCGCGCGCCUGGCCGCUGGGUGCUGCCCCCGCGCAGCUGGCGCCCCACGUGGCCGGCGGCGCUGGAGCCCAGCGCUUGCUGUCCAGUCUCAUGGGGGUGGGAGGGGAUAUUAUACUUUGAGUAAGAUGAUUAAAGCAAACCUGUUACCCUUAUCUGUUUUCAGAGAUUGUAAUUAGUUUCCAAGGCGUUGUCUUCUUAUUUAGGAAGAUAGGACCCUCCUAAACAUCAGGGCAGAAAAUGACAGAAGCAGCAUAUUGGCUCCGCUAAGAACCUCAAACAGAAUCAAGCCACAGAACAGACCAGCAAGAUGCUCACGGCGGAUCCACAGCUGUGCCUUAAAUGUCGUAUCGUCACGGUCCCCCUAGGCUCACAUCUGAGCCCUCAGAACGUCCCCGCCGUGUCCACGUGCCCACGUCCGCCAGAGUCAGAGCUGCCCUCGGCGGUGGGUCGUGCUGAGGCUGCGCGGCCGCACAGCACAGGAGCUUGGUCUCGGAGGCGCGCGCAGAAGCCGGUCUGUGCCCGAAGCGCCCGCGCGCGGGCUGACGUGGUUGCAACAGUGAGAAGCAGACGAGGCCUCACGUCCACCUGCCUGCGCCGUGUGCCGGGGGUGGGGGUGGGGGAACGGAAAGGGGUUGUUUAGACACUGCUUCGGUGAGCUCCCAUAAAAACAUCGGCAACAUUGCAACUACUGCUUUGUUUUGGGUUUAAGAGGGUGUUUGGGGUCAGUAAUAAUUAAUGGAACUAUGUAAGUAAAUUCAGGAUUAAAGUGAUUUUCCCUUGUUUUACUUAUCACCUUAUUUCCCCAAUUUGAUCUCUUUGUUUUGUGUCCAUUUCUAUUCAUGUAACUUCUUUUUCAUUAAA